ACGUGUGCUUUCCUUCUCAGGCAGGAUGUUGUGUUGGUGCAGCAUUGCUACAGAAAAAACGUGGUUUUUGCUUUUAACUCGACUGUUUUUUUGUGAUAUUUUUUGCGAGUUGCUUUUUUAUUUUUAAAAUGCAGCGUUUCAAAACCGGUCAAAGACCGUCGCAGUUUUAUUAGCAAUUAUUAUUCAAGCAGUUAUUGACAAAAUUUGUCAAAAACAAACCAACAAACCAAAGCAUGACUAAAAACCUGCUUUGAUUACACUUUUUGUCGAGUACCUGCCUGUUCAAGUACAUAUCACGACAGAUUAAAUCUUACCAAUCUAAUCUUUCAGACAAUACUUUUUGUUGUUUGCCUUAUAAUUGUCAACUGAUUUCUAGUUAGUCGCUUGAAUGAUUUGUGACUCAAAUUGCUAAAAUUUAAAGUUCUUGCUUAUUUAACUAUAUAUUUACGCAAGCAGCAAACACGUUUUGCACCAAAACGCGAAAAUUCCUGACAAAAAAGAAAUUAAUUUUUGUGCACUUUCAAACUUUCGAUUUAACUUGAUAAUCAGUGUUUGUACCAAUUCAGCUAAACAGAGUUAGCGUUGGUUUUAUCUUUGCACCUACAAAAGUUGUUAUACGCUGUUUUUGUACAUAAACUUCAACUGCAAUGGUUGCGAUCGAAAUGAGUCCGACAAGUCCACAAGCGAAAACUGACCAUAAUUUUUCCCUGGCCUGGGAAAGUUUGACCUACACUGUCAAAUCAAAAGGUGCCCAGAAAGCCCUCAUUUCUGACCUUCAUGGCAUGUUGAGCCCUGGCAGUGCACUGGCAGUCAUGGGUCCUUCUGGUUGCGGAAAAACGACUCUUCUGAACAUUCUGGCUGAUAGAAUCAAGAUUUCAAAUGCAAUUUCGGGACAGAUUUACGUCAACGGCAAACCACGAAGCUCGUCCAAGUUCCGCAAUAUCUCCUCCUACGUGGCUCAGAGUGACUCGCUGAUGGACAUCUUCACCGUGAGGGAGACCAUCUCAUUCGCAGCCAGUCUCAGCUACCCUUUCUUCAUGAAGGGAAAAGACAAAAAACAGAAGGUUGACGAGUUGGCGGCUGAGAUGGGCAUCAGCGGCUGCAUGGACGCCAGAGUGGGUGGGAACUUAUUCAAGGGCAUCAGUGGGGGUCAGAUGAAGAGACUAAGUGUGGCACUGUCACUCAUUUCCAACCCAUACAUUCUGCUGCUGGAUGAGCCCACUAGUGGACUGGACAGUGCGGCCACUAUGGGCGUCAUGGGACAUAUACAGUCACUCACAAAACAAGGUCGCACCAUCAUCUAUUCGAUCCACCAGCCGUCCUCCGAGGUGUUCCAGUCGUUCGACCUGCUCUGUCUCCUCUCGCGGGGAGAGUGUAUCUACUACGGAAAGGCAGACCAGGCAGUCGCAUUCUUCUCAGGUCUCAACUACAAGUGUCCACAGUACUCUAACCCGGCAGACUACUUCUUGACCGUUAUCAACACUGACUUCGAGGGCCACGGCGAUGUGGAAGCAAUCGUCAAGUCAUUCAAGGAUGGACAGCAGAUGAAGCAACUCAAAGAAGGAAUUGAAAAGGACAAAGCGAGUGGUAAGGCGGACUCAUCGUCAACAGAGAUUCGCAAAUUCCAGGCAAACUGGCUCGUUCAGUUCCUGUUUCUCACCAAACGCAACAUGAUCAACAGUGUGAUCAACCCUGGAAUAUACUGGGUUCGAAUCGUCAUGUACUUCAUGUUAUGCUUGAUGAUGGGAACGAUGUACUUGAAGACGAACGAGGACAUAACCGAAGACAUGCUAAUCCCGCUGCUCUUUUACUGCCAGGCGUUCUUGGUAUUUAUGUCUGUUGCGGUCCUGCCGUUCUUUAUGCUGCAGCAACCGGUAUUCGUCCGCGAACGAUCGAACGGACUGGUUGACGUAUUUCCGUUUGUAUUUUCUAACUUCGUGAGCGCGUUACCUGGAAUCCUUCUGAUUACUGUCCUUUCGACAGUGAUGGUGAUCUUCAUGACUGACCUGGACGGUUUCUGGGGGUUUUUCGUGAACUUAUUUCUCUCGUUAGUCUGCGCUGAAUCCUUGAUGCAUGUUCUCAGCGCCUCGACUCCUCAUUACAUAAUCGGAAUUGCGCUGGGAGCUGGAUUCUUCGGGAUGUUCAUGUUGGCGGAAGGCUUCAUGGUUCCAAAAGAUGCAAUUCCUCCAUGGUGGAUCUGGGCUCAUUACAUUGCAUUUCACAGCUAUUCGUUCCGAAGUUUCAUGUACAACCAAUGGGGUGAUAAAAACGACCUUGCUGCAGUGAGCAUUAAAACGCAGUACCCGGUCAUAGCUGACAUGGACGAAGAUGACUUCAGGAAUGACAUGUUUAUUCUGAUGGGAUAUGGUUGCGGUCUACAAAUUGUAUUUUUCCUCAUCAUUUAUUUCUUUCACACUGGUCGACAGUGAAACUGAAGACAGCGAGUGUCAAAAAAUUCAAACAAAAAGAUUGACUGCAGAUGUUUUAGCAAUCUCUGCCCUUCAUCAACGAAAAAAAUAAAAUUAAACGUUUUAUUUUCCUUUUAGUUGCUACCAGCAGUAGCAUUAACAAUAGUUUGAUAUAAAAUUAAAGUGAUUUCCAAUGUUCAAUUCUGUCAAAAUGUUAAUUUCCUUUUUCUAUUCAAAUA